AACUCUCGCCUAACUCUCGCCUAACUCUCGCCUAACUCUCGCGUGGCCCAGGUCCGGUCUGGGCCAGGCCAGGGCUCACCCCGUGCCUUUGGUUGUCGUGUCUGUCGCCUCUUCUACUUCUACUUGUUACAUGUACUUCUUCCUCUCCUUACUUCUUCUUCUCGACAACCUCAUCCUCUCCUCCAUCCUCAGUCUGCAUUUGUCUUCCCCAAUUUCCUCUCCUUUGCUUCUCCUCCCUUCCCUUCACGCACGCCUGCUCCUAGCUAUCUCUCCACCACUACUUGUGUCCAUUCCUCGACCAGCUUGUUUUGACGGCUCAUAGCUUCACCUCGCUAGUCCAUUUCUCCCCCCCCCCUCCAUUCCCUCUAGAAAUCUCCAUUUCCCUCCAGUUUCUCCGCCCUUCUGUCUCAUCUGCGAUAUCUCUCCAGCUUCACAAGCGGGCCUCGAAAACAUCCUUUCAAAACGUUUGGUGGUUCUAGACCGUUUCGUUUCCGUUUCACCGCGUUCACUUCGCAUGCUAUCGUGCUGUACGCCUCGAGCUUUGUGUGUUUCGACCAGCGGCCUGCGCGAAUUGUCGUUCGAAUUAGCUGCUUGAUUAACUUCUCGGCUGUCUGCUACUGUCUACUGUCUACUGUCUACUGUCUACUUGUCUACUUGUCUACUUGUCUGGACCUCAAAGCAAACCCCCGUUCUUGUCAGCUGGUUCGCAGGAGUCCGCGAAAUUCUCUCCGUCGCCCUCCCGCCCAGAAUACAUACCUUCCUUGUGUGAAUGUUCCCAGAGAGUGAUAAUGAGUUGGCCCGUUUGAGAGUCAUGAAUCUAUUGGGAAGUGUUGUCACCGGCGAUGCCUCAGAGCCAAUUCCGGCCUUUGGAAGCCCAAGCCCUCUAAACCAGUCCAAUGAUUCGUCCUCCAUAGGAAUACAAGACUCAACUACAGUACAACAACAACAUCAGCGGUGUCCGUUGCCAUAUAUCUCCCACUCCCACUCUCACCCGUCAAAGGCCCAGAACAAUCGAAUACAGAUGGCUUCCAUAACCCCCAGGCCGUCCUCCAGGUUUUCAAAACGUAGCUCGUCGUGCGAAUCACUCCGCACAGAACAAGUGCCCAUCAUGCGAUUUUUUUCAAGGCGAACCCCCAAUCUGCAGCUGCCACCCUUUGAAUCCUUAGGCAUAUCAAAUUCUUCCAAACCAUCCAAUCCUCCGCCUUCCUCCCUUCAAAAUUCAGAACGUCCCCCAUUUACCGCUGGUGAACCCUCUACCGUCGCCAUUCAUCCACCCUCGUCCCCCUAUACAUUAUCCGAAACGCCAUCGGCGCUUCCUUACAGCCGCUCUAUUUCGCUACCUCUCACACCCCCAGAGGAAACCCUAUCUGUCAAAUGGAAUCCCGAGUCGGAUAGCCCUAUCUCUGAUGUACAUUCAAGCCCCAAUCGGCAUAAGCCAUCACAAUUGGACAGUCUCACGAAUGGGGAUUCACAUUCUCCGAAGGAGAACAAUGGUCAAGCUUCAGACUCGGCUUCGCAGGCGGUGACAUCGAAUGGGGCCAUACAACCAAGCAUGGAGCAAAUUCCAUUCACUAAUGAUGACCCGAAGUCAUGGCUUAAAAAUGGAAUUGAACUUGCUGUGUCUUCACUUAAAAUUUCGAAAACACCAGGCCAAGCUGUACAGAUGGUGUCGCAAACGCUGCCAUGCCCGCCUAUCGACCAAACCCCAAGCUCCCUCCCAGUUUCCGCGUUUAGUAACAUCGUCGAGGAAAUCCAACGUCGACUCCAAGCUGACCAGUCUCCUUAUAUUAAUAUCAUUCAUGCAGUGCCCCCGAAAUUCAGCCUAAAUAAUUUGCCAACGUCUCCGCCUAGUACUCCAAACCGAAUGUCUCCGGACGAUGACUACUUCAAUUUGACCGUGUUUUCUAGUGGGGCUCCGGUUCCUGCAUAUGCAUCUCAUCGUGACUCCAUAUCAGAUGAUUCACCUGGAUCCACACAUACUCACACGGCUAUUGUCCCUCCAUAUAGUGUGCACAUCUCCAUAGUUGAACGUUAUCUUCCUCCACCCUCGUCUCAAGAAUACCGAAAUCUGUUCUCAGCCACUGGUCCCUCCGUUCUAGUCGAUCGUCUGCGUGAACUAUCCCCUCAAGGAGGCAACCUAGUGUUGAUCUAUCCAACCAAGCAAGGCGCCCGCACAUUCAAAAAUGAAUAUCUGGGCCCAAUUCUUGACCCCCUCCUUCGCCAAAUGGUUGUAGUCAACGAGUUGUCUGCAGAUAUCAGCAAAGCCCUAGGCUCUAUGCCCGCGAUAGCCGAAAUGGACGAUUUCGAAGCAAUGCAGAACAACAUCCUGCGGCUUUGCGAGAACUUAAGACAACGCGAGUCGUCAUUGGCUGGCCCAGCACCGACUCGCAGCUCCCGUUUCACCCUGGUUUACGGCGGCAAGGGCGAAAUCUGCAUGGAUCGCAAAUCGUGGAUCGAAUGGUAUAUUCAACAGGAAACACCAAGGGCACGGGACAUUCUAAAUGGUUAUUGGCGGGUCGGUUACCAGCUCCCAACCAGCCUUACGGCUUCGUCACAGGGAACUCGCCAGCAGGGGAAUCGGGAAAUAUCAGGCCCGUCACUUCUGCAGGUGCUUUUCCAGGGGCUCCGGAAUAGGGCGAGUAUCGACAUGUCGGCUGAUCUCGGGAAAAGCAUGGAGGUUGGCGUUUUUGUUAUUCGCAGAUCGCAGUAGCUGCUACUAACUGGAGCAGCGAGAUAGGAAAAAUGGCGAAACCGUUGACGUUGAAAUUUAAUGGGACUACCCGUUUUAUUAUUAUUAUUAUUAUUAUUAUUA